CCACUCGCUCCUCCCAGCAGCAGGCGGCGGCGGAGGCCUGCGUUCAUUGAUCCCCUUUGACCCCGACUCCCACUCCAAUUCGAUUUCAUCUUCCCACCCAACACGGAUCGAUCGUGCCAAUCCCACCCCAUAAAUCCAUCCACACACCCGCCGAGACGAAGCAACGAUUUGUGAUCCAUCCAGCUUGAACAAGGCAAUCGAUUUGGGAUCCGAUGGCAGAUUACGGCUAUCCCGACGGCGGCGGCGAAGAGGAGGACAUGCAGUGGCCACCGGCUCCUCCCGCCUACGGCUACCCCGACGACGACGGCGGCGGCGAGCGGCCGCCCUUCGUCCUCAUCGAUCCACGCGCCUACUUCGCCGACCGCAAGAACGCCACCACCGCCGUCAUCGAUAUGGAGGCCGGGGCCCCCAAUCUCAGGGGCCGACUCCAGGUCACCUUCUGCGCCGUCGCCCCGCCGCUCGUUUCCUACUUCUGCGUCCACGCCACCCACAUGGACCACACCGAGUUCCUCGUCGCGCCCUCCAUCCUGGCCACCGAGACCGACGGCGGCCUCGCCCUCCUACGCGUCGCCACCGUCGACCCCGUCUAUCCGCCCGAUCACGUGCGUCCCGAAAAUUGCCAAUACUUCGUCUACGACGCCCUCGCCCGCAAACUUCACCAACUCCCGCAACCCGGCUUCCAACACCGACUCAGCGAGCCCUCGCUCGCCAUCAUGCGCAAGCCCAACAAAAGCUCCCAAAACACCAGCAAGCACGUCAGCCUACGCCCCCAUGUACAUGGAGAGGCCGAGGCCGAGGCCGACUUCGUCGUUGCCGCACAAUCCUACAUUUUCUGGGGUAAAGAAUCUCCUCACAUCUGCAUCUAUGACUCUGCUAUCAAGACCUGGAGCAACAAGCCGGUGGUGAUGGGUUCAUCAUAUCCAGAACACCACCUCCCAAGCAAGACACUCACCAUCAGAGGAAGCAAUGGCACCGUGGCUUGGGUGGAUCUCUGGUACAACAUCGUCUUCUGUGACGUUCUCGCCAAAUGCCCCAAGCUUCGCUACCUGAAGCUGCCGACCGAACCCGGCGAUGGGGGUAUCGAUCCAAGGUCUCUUCGCGACAUUGCGGUCUUUGGCAACACCAUCAAGUAUGUCGCGAUCCUGCAUCACCCCAACACAAGUCGUUGGGUAGCCACAGCAUGGAGCAUCAAGAAGGGCCGUCGGUCCUGGCCCAAGGAAUGGCACAUGGAAUGCGAGCUCGAUUCCACCCAUAUAAAGGUUGAUGCGGCUGGUAGAGUCGCUACCUUCCCAACCUUGUCGUCUCUUUUCGUUGGCCUCCCCACACUCAGCCUGCAGAAUGAUGCCAUUGUUUACUUCCUCGCCAAGAUUGACUUCGGCCCAAGGCAACGCACAGCGUGGGUGCUUGCUGUUGACAUGAAGAACGAGACUGCUGAGCAAGUGGUGGAGUUCCCUGCUGAGAGGACUUAUUGUGUAGCCGAGGGCUACGACGCAAGUAGGAUCUCUGCAUAUCUCCAACCCGCGCCAGGUACACAGCAAAUGCCUAAAUGACGAGGGGUGCCGUUGAUGAAAUGCCCUAGCAAGAAGCAUGCUAAAGAUGUUGAGGAUCCUAAAGAAGACGACGCCAUGAUGAUUGUUUCUUCAUGAGGUUGCAUGGAUGGAAGCUGUAUGACCUGCCUUUGGUGCCGGGUAUCAGUGGAGGGGGUAGUGGAUUAUCAUGUCUGCUGGUCUGCCCCUUCCUUUGCCUGUCUUUUAUUUAUUUUAGGAUUAUUAUGGCCCUCUAGACCCUGUUCUGGAGUUCCUUUCUUCAUUGUCUCACCGCCUACUCUACCCGGCUUGUCUAUUAUACAAGCUGUAUUAUUAAAAACUCUGUAUGAGCUAUAUAUUAUGUCGGUUGUAGUACCCACCUUCUGUUU